AACAGUCUGCCCCGGUAUACUCGCUCUCAGGUCGCUCUUCAUCGAGACCAUACUCGGCUUCAUCCUAUCACCGCACUUGAACUCCCACUAAAAACAGCUUCCCGAAUGCGUUUCGCACUUGCCUUCAUCGCGCUCGCCGCCAGCCUCGCCACCACGUCCGCGACGGGUCUCUUCAAACGACAGAAUCUGCCUACCUGCGCAGAGAACUGCAUCACUAGCGCUGACACCAGCGGCUGCAGUGCGACUAACGAGCAGUGUCUCUGCUCGAGCUCGGCCUUCGUCAACAGCGUCGAGUCUUGCGCCGAGAGCACCUGCUCCGCCAGCGACCUGAGCAGCGCGCUGCAGGCCGCUCAAGAACUGUGCGCAGCAGCGGGUGUGUCGUUGACUCUGAGUGGCUCCAUCUCCGCUUCCUCGACGGGCAGCGCAUCGGGCUCGGCGAGCAGCAGCAGCGCAACCUCAGCGGGUACUAGCGCCUCGCAGUCUGGGUCGUCCGCUUCUGCAUCCGCCACGUCCUCAGCGAGCGGGGCAACAUCGAACGCCGUCAACGCCUUCGUGGGCCUGGCCGCGAUGGGCGCUGUGGUGUUCGCUCUUUGAGUGCAUUCCUCCGCUAUCACUGGCUGUGUCUCCGAUGAUCAGCCGCGGUCCGAUGAGAGUAGCUCAUAGAAGUAUCAAGCACGAAUGAUAUGAUAUGGCGGUUCUGG